GAAUCUUCCUGAGAACCCCUGCACCUGUUUACUGCCGGCUUGGGCCAAAGCUGCUCUCAGCUGUGGGCACUCUCCUGAGGGAACGAUGACUUUUCUGGCCCAGUGGACCUCCUGAAGAGCAAUGCUAAGAAGACUUCCAGGUUAAAGAAUUAAAAGGAAGAACAACUUCUGAGAAGAAGACCGUCUUCAAAGCACCCUGCACGAAAAUUAUUUGAACAUAGCGCCCAAUUCUUUUGUGAAAGAAGAAAAGGAAAUUCGGUGUGUGGGUCUCAGCAGGAGUUAAGCUAAUGCAGCUAAAAAUAAUGCCGAAAAAGGAGUGCUUAUCUGCAGGCAGAGUGCCCCUGAUUCUCUUCCUGUGCCAGAUGAUUAGUGCCCUGGAAGUACCUCUUGAUCCAAACCUUCUUGAAGAUUUGGUACAACCCCCAACCAUCACGCAACAGUCUCCGAAAGAUUAUAUUAUUGACCCUCGGGAGAAUAUUGUCAUCCAGUGUGAGGCCAAGGGGAAGCCUCCUCCAAGCUUCUCCUGGACACGUAAUGGGACCCAUUUUGACAUAGAUAAGGACCCGAUGGUCACCAUGAGCGCUGGCUCAGGAACCCUCACUAUCAACAUCAUGAGUGAGGGGAAAGCAGAGACCUACGAAGGCAUCUAUCAGUGCACAGCAAGGAAUGAACGUGGGGCUGCCAUUUCUAAUAAUAUUGUCAUCCGUCCAUCCAGGUCACCGUUGUGGACCAAAGAAAAACUUGAACCAAUAACGCUCCGAAAUGGCCAGUCUUUAGUGCUUCCCUGCAGGCCCCCAAUUGGAUUACCACCACCUAUAAUAUUCUGGAUGGAUAAUUCCUUUCAAAGACUUCCGCAAAGUGAGCGAGUCUCCCAGGGUCUCAAUGGAGACCUUUAUUUUUCCAAUGUCCUCCCAGAGGACAGCCGGGAGGACUAUAUCUGCUAUGCCAGGUUUAAUCACACUCAGACCAUACAGCAGAAACAACCUAUUUCUGUGAGGGUGCUUUCAGCUAAAUCAAGUAAAGAGAGGCCACCAACGUUUUUAACUCCAGAGGGCAAUGCAAGUAGCAAAGAGGAAUUACGAGGAAAUGCUCUCUCGCUGGAGUGCAUUGCAGAAGGACUACCUACACCUAUUAUUCACUGGAUUAAAGAGGAUGGAGCCUUACCCAUCAACCGGACAUUUUAUAAGAACUUUAGGAAAACACUGCAGAUUAUUCAUGCUUCAGAAGCCGAUUCGGGAAAAUACCAGUGUAUAGCCAAAAAUGCCUUCGGAGUUAUCCAUCACACCAUAUCUGUCACAGUUAAAGCGGCUCCGUACUGGAUCGCGGCGCCUAGAAACCUUGUGCUGUCCCCAGGAGAGGAUGGAAGCCUCGUCUGCAGAGCUAAUGGCAACCCCAAGCCCAAGGUUAGCUGGCUGACCAAUGGAGUCCCGAUAGAAAUUGCUGCGGAUGACCCCAGCCGAAAAAUAGAUGGUGAUACCAUUAUCUUUUCAAAUGUUCAAGAAAGAUCAAGUGCGGUGUACCAGUGCAACGCUUCUAAUGAAUAUGGAUACUUACUGUCAAAUGCAUUUGUAAAUGUGCUGGCUGAGCCGCCACGAAUCCUCACGUCGGCAAACACCCUCUAUCAGGUCAUUGCCAACAGGCCUGCUUUCCUGGACUGUGCCUUCUUUGGGUCCCCUCGACCUACCAUCGAGUGGUUUAAAGGCGUCAAAGGAAGUGCUCUUCGCGAAGAGACUUACCUCUUACAUGAGAAUGGAACCUUGGAGAUCCCUGUGGCACAAAAGGACAGUGCAGGAACGUAUGCGUGCGUUGCAAGGAAUAAAUUGGGGACGGCAAAGAAUGAAAUUCGGUUAGAAAUCAAAGAUCCAACAAGGAUCACGAAGCAGCCGGAGUACGCAGUGGUGCAAAGAGGGGGGACGGUGUCCUUUGAAUGCCACGUGCAACACGACCGUACCUUAGUCCCCACUGUCCUGUGGCUGAAGGACAAUGGUGAGCUGCCCAAUAACGGAAGGCUCACCGUCGACAAGGACCAUUUGGUGGUCGCUGACGUAGGUGAUGAUGACGGGGGCACCUACACGUGCGUGGCCAGCACCACCCUGGACGCCGUCUCUGCCAGCGCCGUGCUCAGCGUUGUUGCUCCUACUCCAACUCCAGCUCCCAUUUACGACGUCCCGAAUCCUCCCUUUGAUUUAGAAUUGACAAAUCACCUCGACAAAGGUGUGCAGCUCUCGUGGACACCAGGCGAUGACAACAACAGCCCGAUUACAAAAUUCAUCAUUGAAUACGAAGAUUCCCUGCAUGAAGCAGGACUGUGGCGCCACCACACUGCAGUUUCUGGAGUGCAGACCACAGCGCAGCUGAAACUCUCUCCUUACGUGAACUACUCCUUCCGAGUGACGGCGGUGAACAGCAUCGGGACGAGCCAGCCCAGCGAGGCCUCCGAACAGUACCUGACUAAAGCAGCAGAACCGGAUAAAAAUCCCACAACCGUGGAAGGCCUGGGAUCAGAGCCUGAUAAUUUGGUGAUUACCUGGCAGCCCCUGAAUGGUUUUGAAUCUAACGGGCCGGGCCUUCAGUACAAAGUUAGCUGGCGCCAGAAAGACGGCGAUGACGAGUGGACAUCUGUGGUCGUGGCCAAUGUAUCCAAAUAUAUUGUCUCGGGCACGCCAACCUUUGUUCCAUACCUGGUCAAAGUCCAGGCCCUAAAUGACGUGGGGUUUGCUCCAGAGCCAGCGGUCGUCCUGGGACAUUCUGGAGAAGACCUCCCGAUGGUGGCUCCCGGCAAUGUGCGAGUGAGCGUGGUGAACAGUACGUUGGCCGAGGUGCACUGGGACCCAGUCCCCCUGAAAAGCAUCCGUGGGCACCUUCAAGGCUAUCGGAUUUACUACUGGAAGGCACAGAGUUUAUCUAAAAGGAGCAAACGCCACCUUGAGAAAAAGAUCCUGACUUUUCAAGGCAGCAAGACUCACGGCAUGCUGCCCGGGCUGGAGCCUUUCAGCCACUACGCUCUGAAUGUUCGCGUGGUCAACGGGAAAGGGGAGGGCCCAGCCAGCGUGGACAGAGUCUUCGACACCCCGGAAGGAGUCCCCAGUGCUCCGUCCUCCUUGAAGAUUGUGAACCCCACACUGGACUCUCUCACUUUGGAAUGGGAUCCGCCGAGCCGCCCCAAUGGUGUUUUGACUGAGUACACCCUGAAAUACCAGCCAACCAUGGCAAGCCGACAGGUGGAUAUUGCAACUCAGGGCUGGUUCAUUGGUCUCAUGUGUGCUGUAGCUCUCCUGAUCUUAAUUCUGCUGAUUGUUUGCUUCAUCAGAAGAAACAAAGGUGGGAAAUACCCAGUAAAAGAAAAGGAAGACGCCCACGCCGAUCCUGAAAUACAGCCCAUGAAAGAAGAUGAUGGAACGUUCGGAGAAUACAGUGAUGCAGAAGACCAUAAAACCCCCAAAAACAAAAAGAAUGGAAGUCGCACCUCUUCAGAUGGCACGAAGGAGGAAAGUGACGACAGCCUAGUUGACUAUGGAGAGGGAGUGAACGGGCAGUUCAAUGAGGACGGCUCUUUUAUUGGACAGUACAGCGGGAAGAAGGAGAAAGAACCAGCCGAAGGGAAUGAGAGCUCGGAGGCACCGUCUCCUGUCAAUGCCAUGAAUUCCUUUGUUUAACUUUUAAGCCCUUUGCCAAUCUCCCAUUUCUCUAGAAUGUUUCUCUUAAACACUUGGUGUCAGGCCUCUCAUACUAUAAACAUAUAUAGAGAAACUAUUAUUUUCUACUGUAUGUUAUUAUUAUGAGAACAGAGCAAGAACAGAACUCAGUCGAAGGAUACGUGAAUGUGAACUGGAGUACAAAGUACACACUUUUUUGUCCCAAAGGGGUAACUUUUAUUUCCUCGGAACUGAUAACGCAUCAUCAACUACCAUGUCAUUGUCUCUUAAGGAUACAGUUCAGUAUGAUGCAUGAAAAACGCUAUUCAUUUAAAGGACAUACCUGUGUAUGUUAUGAAGACAUGGUUUGAUACUUUGUUUACCCUGUCCUCUGCUGACCCCCUAAUUAUGAAUUCCGUUUUCGGUGUCAAGAGUGUUACUGUAGAUUUUCUAGAGCUUCAAUGUCUUUGUGGACAUUGCUGUGGAAUUGGUGACUUUAUGUCUAGCUGUUGUUAGUCUUUUUGGGAGACUGUUAGAAACAGUAUGUACAGUAUAUACUUGCUAAAUGAGUUCAUGAUGACAGUUCCAUUUGCUGAUGCUUACUGAGACGCUGUGACCUGCUCUUUGCUCCUGUGAUGUCGUAGCCUUCUUAAUACAUCAGGUAUUACAGCAGUACAGUGUUCCACUUUGGCAGCAUCUCUACGUUCCAUGGCCCCGAGGCAGACACAGGGCACAUUGCGAUGCAUUUCUGAGACUUGUGCCACACUGAAAGGGUCUGGAACAGACCACUAAAAUGCCCCGGCAAACCUGAUUCCAGAAGACACCGGGCGGGAAAAGCGCAGAGCUGCAGACAGUAAACAUUCCAUAGCAUACUGCGACCUGGCUUAGCCAAGAUGGCCAGGUCCAAGUCCCAGAUCACUCUCCUGGUCUAGCAGUCACUUUCAUAAAACAGGGAUAAUAAAAAUGAAAUGCUGGAGAGAGAAAAAAGAAAUAUGAAAACAAGAAAGAAGAAGAAGAAGACCAUUUAUUUUAAGGAGCAUUUUUCCCCGUAGCAUAAAAAGAAAAGCUUUAUCAUCAAAGGAGCGUGUGGUGAUGUUAGAGUCUCGUAUGGUUUCAAUUAAAACAGGUCAAAAUCAGAAGGAUGUCAACUGGGUAGAAAACAAAAUGUUUAAGUUAUUCUGAAAAUAAAGUAUGCACCAGCAUGCCAACAGUAAUAAAUUGGUCUCUGAGUCUUUACCUCCCUAUGUGGGUGCUCUGGGUGCCUUCUGCAGCAGUCAGCUAUGCGUAUGCAAAUUGCUCUUACACGUUUGCGGUUCUGAAAAAUCUACCAAGCACUCACAAGGCCAACCACCAAAAUGAUGACAUCUGCCAUUUCAACACUAAAUCUAUAGAGUCGAUCAUAAUCAUGAAUGAGAUCUAUCGAAUGGUUUACCUCCAAAUAUGAAAUUCUAUAACAACGUAUGGUUGAAAGAGUGCUCAGUUUCAUUUGCCAAUAAACUGGUUUCUCAUAA